UUUAGUUGGUUCGCUAUAGUGGCAGAAGCUAAGCAGUUGGAAGCAGAGAUGAAAAAACACAACGCAUUAAAAAGAGCUUUAAAACGAAAGCUAAAACUGCUCUCUGAAGCUCGCAUAAUACCGAAGAAAGAGGAUUUCAAAGAUAUACCACCGGCAUUAGAUGACCUACUUCACGCUAAUGGAAAAUCUAAUAAUUUUGAAGAAUUAAUGAAAUUAGCACGACGAGGCAUAAAACUUGGCAUGUCUUUAUCUGGAAAAAAUACAAGCGAUUUUGACCAAAAAGAGCUGAGAAUAGGGUCACCGCGAUUCUUCUCCCUUUUACCUGAUGAAAAUUCCGAUAAUACUAUAAAUCUCCUCUCACCUUCAUUGUUAAAUAUGCAUGACAAAGGGAACGAUAUUGAAAAUUCAGUCAGCGUUCCUAAAUUACUCGAAAGCCUUCGGUCUUCCAAGCUUAAAGAUCAUGAAGAUUUGAUGAAUUUGAUUUUUGAAGUGAGUGGCGUGAGUGAACAUCUAAAAAAAGCAAAGGAAAAAUUACAAGAAGAAAACUUGAAAAAUGCCAAAGGCAUUGACGGUCAACCAUUGUAUUUCACGAAAGAAAAUGUCACCGAGAUGUUUGGUGAUUUUGAAAAACGCAAAAUUGAAACUUUCGAAAAAUUGCACAAAACAUUCACUAAUGAACAAAAAGGAGAAUUGAAUGAUACAGGAAUGACGACAUUAACUCGCGAGCAAUUGUUCCUUAUCUAUGGAAAAGAUUCACCUUAUCAAGAUUUGAUGACCCUUCAUAGAUUAACAAAUAUAGUAAAUGAUGAUCAUCUUCAAAAACUCAUAAUGGAUGACAUACAUAAGUUAGCAAAUUCUAAGAAAGUUAUAGUUCUUUCACCUGCUGUUAUGAGGCCUAGUUUCAAUAGAACCAGUAAAUUAACGCCAGUCAUUCUUUCACCAGGUAUAUUGAAUCCAAGUGUUCUCAGCCCUUCCAUCCUUGGUCCAGUGAUUCUCAGUCCCGGGCUCUUUAAUCCCAGCUUCUUAUGUCCCAGGCUUCUUGGCCCUGUUAUCCUCAGUCCCGGAGGCUUCAGCCCUUUAGUGUUGAGCCCUGUGGCUCUCAGCCCAGUAGUGCUAUCGCCUGGAGUCUUUGGCCCUGUAGUGCUCAGUCCAACAGCUUUAUCACCAGGUGCUCUAAACGCGGGUUUCGGAUCUCCAGUUGUCCUCUCUCCAUUUAUUCUCAAUCCUGGACUGCUAAAUUUCUCAGCAAUGUCACCAUUAAUUUUGAGCCCAUUCGCUUUUUCACCUUCGAUUCUUUCAAAAACCUUCUUUUCUGCUCUCAUUCUUAGUCCAAUGGCUUUUUCGCCAUCGAUUGGCUCUCAUUCCCAAAAUGUUUCUGUUAUACUUUCACCUAAUCUUUUUAGUUAA